AUGUUUGCACCCAAGUCAUCUGCUCCCUCUGCGGGUGGCCUGUCGAUCAAUACCAAUUCAGCCAAUUCUUUGUUUGGGAACAACACGCAGACCACCUCGACCUCGACACCGGGGGCAACAAACACCUCUGGGAGUCUUUUCGGAAACACCAGCUCAGCCACACAAUCCAAGCCCGCUGGUGGCUUGUUCGGAGGUCUGGGAGGCAACACACAGUCGCAAAACACCGGGUCCAACAUGUUUUCGGGGCUGGGUGGCCAGCAGCAGGGCGGCGCCACGGGGGGAGGUGUGUUCGGAAGCUCGACAACGACCACACAACCCCAGUCGAGCAGUUUGUUCGGCGGUACAGCAGGGGCGGGCACCGGCACUGGCGCGACUCAGAGUGGGACGACAGGCGGUCUCUUCGGUGGUGGACUAGGAGCAAGCACGACACAGGCCCAACCCAAGCCUACCCUUGGCCUGGGUGGCUCGACGACUGGAGCUGGAGGAAGCUUGUUUGGCGGCGGAGCCCAAAAUACCCAACAGCAACAGCAGCCUCAGGGACCUUCACUGUCUCUCUUCGGACAGCAAGGCGCAACCCAGGGCGCACAGCAACCUCUCCAGCAAAGUACCACCACUGGGACGGUCGUUCCCGGCGUCAAGGUGGAUGUCAGCAACCUGCUCCCAACCACGAAAUUUGAGAGCUGCGCCGAUGAGAUCCGAAAUCACAUCGAAAUCAUCGAUAACUACAUUCUUAACCAAAUGAAGGUGUGCCACGAGGUGGCGGACAUGCUUCCUACGAUCGAAAAGCAAGGUGCCACGAUUCCCAACGAUGUCGACUUCGUGCAGGGCAAACUGGAGACAAUGCAGCAUGCACUUGAGAACGAUGCCGGCAACAUCGAUCAGCUACGCGGCCUGGUCACCCGCGAUGCGGCCGAGGCGCAGGUCGCAUUCCGUGCUAUUGACACCCUGAAGCUGCCCCUGCAGUACCAGUCGGCCGGUGGUGGAUGGUGGUCACAGGACCAGCAGGUGCCGGAUCGAUCAUCGAUACGCUCGACACGCAAAAACACUCUCGCCCUUCCCGACGACGUGGAAGGUGACCCGUCCACUGCUACCGCUGUCAACGGUGUGCCCGUCAACCUGGUCGACUAUUUCUCCCAACGCUCGGACGAAAUGGGGACGGUGCUGGAUCGCUACAAGGGGAAUAUGAAGGAGAUCGAAGACCAUCUUCACGGUGUUGAAGUCACACUGAAUCGCCAGAUCCACGAUUUCGUGAGCUCCAAGUCCCGAGAUGGAGCGGGAGCUGGGGCGCCCAAGUCCACAGUGAAUGAGCUGGCAGCUGUCCUUGGAGAUGUGGAGUCGGGCAUUAUGGGUGUUGCUGCUCGGCUGGGAGGAGUGUCGGAACAGGUGCAGGAGGUGGCCCUGGGACCUCCUGGUCUGGGCGAUGGUCGACUCAACCUGUAG